AUGUUUGGUAGACCCGAUGCGUCACAGGGCUUUGGCCAUGACGAGGAACCGUUCGAUCAGGACGACUCCGAUCGCAAGGACCAUGUGAGCUCACCUUGGAACUCUGACUUUGGUGUGGGGUCUAAUUUUGGAGAGGGUGAGAGAGAUGAGUCAUGGUCGCAUGUGGAGCCGGUGGCAUCAGAUGAGGCUCGUUGGUAUCAGGAUGCAAGGGUCGACGAUUCGGCUGAGCCGUGCCAGCCGAGUGCGAGCAAGUGUAGGAGGACCGCUUGGAAAGAUCCUGCACCCGUGCACCCGGCAGUGGCACAGGCUCUCUUUGAGGAGAAGAGGAAGUCUUCGAUCAGACUCCCUUGGGAGUCGGGUUUUGGCAAAUCAAUUUUUGGGAGCAUCGGGAAUCCGCUCGUGGCCAUCCCAUUCCAUCUCCCCACGAUUGGGCGAUCAGACAUGUUUGCUCAGAUUGCGGUGUCUUCGUCUUCAGGUUCUUAUCCAACUUGGUACAAAGAAAACCCCUUUAGAGCCAGACGACUUUUCGCCACGAGGAUGGCGAGAUCGGAGGAUCAGCUUCGUUCGGCUGCGCUGGCCCGGAUUAAGGAGAUCGUCCUGUACGAUCCCAAUGACUCUAAGCUGGGGCGGUCAUUGUUGGAGACCAGUGGAAUGCUUGUUCCUGAACACCAACUUGCCAUGACCUUCAUGGAUGCCUUUGCCAGGAAGUCUACGAGUACUUUCCAAGAGGUCCAGGACAAUCAUGCUAGACCUUUGAAUGCUGUUGAGAAUGACCUGUACCUCUAUGUUUGUUAUCUGCGAGACGCUGAGUGUGCUCCCACGGCGCCCGCUGCAUUCAUUUCGUCAUGGAGGUUCUUUCACUACAUGACCGGCAGCAACGCUGUCCCUGACAUCAUUUCGCAGCGAAUUGAGGGUGCCGCGCACUCCUGCUAUCUCAAGAAGGCUCCAUUGAGACAGGCGCCGCCUCUGAAAGUUCCCAUUGUCAUGAGAAUGGAGGUGAUUGUCUUCGAGGGGUCGGACUUACACGCUACCAUAGCGGGGUUCGCACUGUUCUGCUUGUUCUCGGUUGCCCGAUGGUCCGAUGCGGCCAAGGCUACCGAUCUCACCAUCGAGAGCCACGGAGCUGUGUGUCUUGUGGAGGCUGUUAUGUUGGGUCACAAAACAGCCAAGCUUGCAGACGAUCGGGCCACUUUCAUGCCCCUCAUUGCCCUUGGGCACACCUUCUCUUCGGAGCCGUGGGCCUCAGCAUGGAUGUCAGCGCGAACCCGAUCAGGAGUUGACGCCAAAAACAUCCUUAUGCCAGCGUGGUCGGAGCAAGCCGAGAUGUGGUUGGAUAGGCCCAUGACUUCAGCGGAAGGGUGUGCGUGGCUUCAAGAGAUUCUCGCAGUCGAUGCCGAUGAGUCUUGGAACCUCGACAGAGUCACGACCCAUGCCUUGAAAUCCACUCCGUUGUCAUGGGCCACAAAGAGCGGUCGAUUUGAUAAGCAUGAAAAGCGCAUUCUGGGGCACCACUCCGCCCCCGACGAGCGAAUGAUCAUCACAUACGGGAGAGACGUGAUGGCCCCAGUCUUGUCGAAGCUCCAGCAUCUGAUUGACCUAAUCCGUACGGACAGGUUUGAUCCAGACCUGUCCCGGUCUGAAAGGAUGGCGAACCUUGUGGAACGAUUCCACGAUGAGGAUCGUCGGGUCGAAGACCUGAAAAGGUUUGAUGAUUCUGAACAGUCAGAUGUGUCAUUUGCAGACCACGUCGGCAUCGAUGAGCGCCCCAGCCUGGUGCCAGGGAUGUCUGAUCGCCCUGAGCCGCCAGAGACGGGCACCUUCGUCCGACAUCGGAUCUCAUCCAUUGUGCACGCUGUCAUGGUCCCAGCCUCACUGUUGAGAUGCGGGACAUCUUCUGCGAACAGUGCAGAUUGGCGCGAGUCCUGGGGGAUUAGACACGGAAAGGUCGAGCAGACCUUCGCCUGGAGUGACACGUUUUUGUUCAAGCCUGAUCCUCGGACGGACGCCAUGACUUCCACUCUGCUUGAGUCGGAAGCCGAGUUCUUGGCCAGAGCCCGAGAAAUCGGUAUGGAUGAUGGUUUCGUCAAGUCGCUUCAGGCCGCAGGGAUCAAAACCUUUGGAAAGCUGGCGUACAUCUGUGCUGUCAGCCCGCAGAGUGGCGAUGACACCCCUCUCAUUCAGGCGGUACAGAAGCUCUUGUCUCGUGACCUCACCCCGGGCGAGCUUCCUGAUCUUCGACGAUUGUGGUUCGAGGCCAACACGUUUGCCUUGUCUGAUCUCAAGUCACGGGUGGAACGUUCUUCUCUUGACCCGCCUCGAGAGCUUCCUUUGGCCGAGCGCUUGACUCGCCUACAGAAUCAAAAGGCUCGGCUAACCGGGAUAGUGUUCACCGAACGGGUGGAACCGGCGCACAGCCUCAUCGACAAAAUCCAAUCCAUGGUCGAUUCCGGGACGCUCACCUACCUACCGCCGCAUAAGUGCCCAUCAAGAGCGUUGGAAAUUUCCAGCGACAAACCUUCUCAACAAGUUACACUUGAUGCUCAAGGUGGCUUGAAGAUAUCGAAGAAACACUCCGACCUGGAAUGCGACGUUCGAGGAGAACUUCGGCUUCGAGAGGCCUUCACCCGACGGGCGCUGGCCUUCGACCAAAUUGGCCUCAUGUCAUUUGCUGCCCAGGAGGCGUGGCACACUUACCUGUUUGACUCAGUGACUCGUGACCCGCCACCGGGUCAUAGGUCCACCAGCAUUGCCCAGGCUCUGAACGCUGACCGCGAGCUGUGGCAGAUUCUUGCUCAGGCCACCGGUGGAGGCAAAGGCGACAAGGGCGAUCGCGGUGGCAAGGCCGAUGGCAAAGGUGACCGCGAAGGCAAAGGCCGUGGUGGUCGCGGCAAAGGUCGUGGCGACAAAGGCGGUCAGAAGCGCGAGUGGGAUGAUGCUCAGGUGGACCCCAAGCGUGCCGAGAUCCGGCAGCUGCUGAAGGAGAUGCCUAAGGGAGAGGCAAGAAAGCCGCGUGUCAUUGACAACUUGAGGGACUCGGGCGUCAAUGCAUCGUUCGGGUCCACAUCCCUGCUGCAGCUUCACGACCUGGAUUUCGUCGCCUCCAUGGCUCUCUUCGUAGCGAGGGUUUGGAGCGACAAGGAGAAGGUGCGUGUUUCCCUUCAAUCGGGUGAGGUCCUCGAAGGCGAGUGGCACCCUAAGAGCAGAGAUGCGCAUUGGGUUGGGAGAUGUCUUGACCUCUCUAAAGCCUACAAGCAAGUGCCGGUGGCUACAUGUUCGCUGAAAUACGCUGUCAUUGCCAUGCCAUCACGAGAAUCAAAAUGGACCUUUUACCUGGCCCGAGGUCUACCAUUUGGUGGGUCAGGUUCGGUUUUCUCCUUCAACAAGAUUUCCCGUGCAUUGUGGCACAUAGCAGUGGUGAAGCUGGGACUUGUCACCUCGGUCUAUGUGGACGAUUACCCGACCUUCGAGAUUGUUCCAUUGGCCGCUAACGCUUCGGAUUCGUUUUCCCGGCUGCUCAACGCUUUGGGGUGGAUUCACGCCACCACCGGGAAGAAGGCUGUGGAUUUCGCGAGCCAGUGGGUUGCCUUGGGGGCGGAGUUCGACUUCUCCAGUCUUCACCAAGGAUCUCUUGAGGUUAGAAACAAAGAAGGCAGGGUUGACCGCAUCAAGUCGAUUGCCCAGCAACUGACCAAGCAGGAUUCCAACGUUAAGCAGCUUGCCACUUCGCUUCAUGGACUCUUGAACUUCGCCAGUGGUUUCGUCCUGGGCUCCGCUCUGAAGCCUAUUGCGAGGGAGUACUCGAAGUUGGCUGCGAGGCCGGCAACGUUUUCUUCGGAGGCCAUUGUUCGCCUCAACGACAUGCUUUGCUCAGUUUUCUGUGCGAUGAAGCCCAGGACUUUGCGAGUGACCGAUCCUCGUGAACCUGUGAUCGUGUACACUGACGGCUCUCUUGAAGGCGAUCAGGCUCUUUGGGGAGUCUUCUUAUGUGACCUUGAGACGCAGGAGAGGUUCGCACUGUCUGGAUGCAUCCCUGAAGACAUCCGGCAACAUUGGCUUUUGACCGUUGGGGAGCAGAUCAUAUGCGAGAUAGAGCUCUUCGCUGUCUUGUGCGCUAGAUGGCAUUUCGGAAAGCGGUUAUGCGCUCGAAAAGGCUUCGUCUUUGUGGACAACAACUCCGCCUUGGCCACGCUCAUCAAGAGAUCGAGCCAGUCAGAGGCCAUUUUUAGGAUUAUGGCAGUGAUCAACGCGAUGGAUGCAGUUCUUCCGUUCGGUGCUUGGUACGACAGGGUGCCAUCGAAAUCGAACCCGGCCGAUCUGCCCUCCAGGGGCGAAUCGAAGAAGUUAUGCGAAUCCUUCAGUGCAGUUGACCAGGGAGGUGUGUCAUUCCCUGAUGAGCUCUUGCGAUUCAUCAAGGACCCAUGUUUCUCCUUUGCUGCUCUCGAUGAUCUGAUGAAGGUGUAUGCUCAGCAUCACA